AUGUCGGGCUCUUUUUUCGCUGCACCGAACCAGCAGCGCCAUCUGCGCGCCUGCAUGGUGUGCUCAAUCGUCCAGACUCAUACUGUGAAAAUUCACCCGCGACGGCUGUCCCAACUGCGAGACCAUUCUCCAGCUCCGGGGAACAACGAUGCGAUCCAAGAGUGCACAUCGCAGGUGUUUGAGGGCUUGAUCUCAAUUCGCGAUCCUUCCGCUAGCUGGGUUGCCCGCUGGCAGCGUCUAGAUAACUACGUCCCGGGGACCUACGCUACAAAGGUGUCAGGAUCGCUCUCCGAAGAUAUUAUCGGCUCUUUGGAGGAUUCCGGCGUUAAAUAUGUCCCGCGCGAUGGAAGUACCGGCGAAGAGGAG